UUCUAAGAUAGAGCCCAUCAAGUUGGACAAGAAAACGGAAAAAACAGAUCAAUAAAUGUUCGGUUUCAAAACUACAAAGACAAAGCCCUAGUGUUAAACAAAUAUACUAUGGAACGAACGGUUGUACGUUAACGAAGUCUUUAGCGAUUUUACUAUGGAUUUACGCAGAAAGCUUUUCAAAGAAGCGAAAGAAUUGAGAGCGAAAGGUUUUGAAACAAUUUUAUUAGAAAGACAAACAAAUAAACGCGGUGGAGGAGUUCUGAUUUACGUUAAGGAACACAUUGCGCAUAACAUUAGGAAUGAUAUGUGCGUUUCUGACGGUGAUAAAAAAAUCGUAACUAUUGAAAUUUUAAACUAUAAAAAAAAUAAUAUUUUAUUAAGCUGCUGUUAUAGACCACCUGAUGGUGCGUCUGAAAAUCUUAGUUUCUUUUUACAGCAAAGUAUCAUUCACAAAGGUAGCAAAGAAAACAAAAUUACUUUUAUAACUGGAGAUUUCAACAUGAACUGUUUAAUUUAUAAUAAAGAUAAAAAAAUAAAAAGUUUUUAUGAUGAAAUACUUAUGGCAGGAGCUGUUCCUUUAAUUAAUCGCCCUACUAGAAUAACCAAAACUUCAACUACGUUGAUUGAUAAUAUUUUUACAACAGAUAUUUAUAAUGGAAAAUUAAAAAAAGGAAUUAUAAAAACCGACAUAUCUGAUCAUUUCCCCAUUUUUCUAACAAUCCAUACUGUAUCCUCUAAUAACCCCGAAAAACAAAAUAUAAAAAAAAAACGUGUCUUCAAUGAGAGCAAUAUAAAAUCCUUCCAAUAUCAAUUAUCACUUCUGCAUUGGAAACAUAUUAACUUUAAUGAAGACGCAAAUACAAUAUAUAAUAAAUUCUUUGAUACAUUCUUCUCAAUAUACGAUGCAAACUUUCCACUUUGUGAAAAAAUAACAAAAAUAAAAACCUUAAAUAGUCCAUGGAUUACCAAAGGACUUAGAAAAUCCUCUAAAAUAAAACAGAAACUAUAUAUAAAAUAUCUAAAAACAAAAUCAAAUGAAAACCAACAAAAAUAUAAAAAUUACCAACAUUUAUUUGAAAAAAUUCGUAAAAAAUUAAAAAAAAAAAUUAUUAUUCAAAUUUAAUUAGUAAAUUUAAAAACGACUCAAAAAAUACUUGGAGAACGUUGAAAGAAAUAACAGGAAAACAAAAAACAAAUUCAAACUCCCUUCCUAAGGUAAUUAAAAUAAAUAAAACAAAUAUAUAUAAACCAAACGAAAUUGCAAACGAGUUUAAUAAAUAUUUCAUUGACAUAGGAACCAAAUUGGCAAACAAGAUCCCUAUUACAGAAAAAAAUUUUAGUGAUUUCCUAGAGCCUAUAAAUAAUUCGCUUUUUAUAGAUAAUUUACAUUCUGACUUAUCUUUUGAUGAGUUUGAGAGAGCUUAAAAAUCUCUCAAAAGAAACAAAGCUACGGGUGCGGACGAAAUAAAUGGCAACAUAGUCAUAGAUUGCUUUGAAAACUUAAAUUGUAUUCUUUAUAAAGUCUUUAGGGCAUCUAUACAGCAAGGUGUAUUCCCCGACCAAUUAAAAAUAGCUAAAGUAACUCCUAUAUACAAAAACGGAAAAAAAUCAAAUGUUGGUAAUUAACGCCCUAUCUCAGUUCUUUCAACUUUCUCAAAACUUUUAGAAAGAAUUAUAUACAAUAGAACAUACAAUUACCUUAAUCAAAAUAAACUUCUAUAUAAAAAUCAAUUCGGUUUUAAAAAAAAUUGUUCAACUGAACAAGCUAUUACACAGUUCAUUCGUGAAAUCUCCGAUUCAUUUGGUAGAUCACAAUACACAUUAGGUAUUUUCAUUGACCUAUCAAAAGCAUUCGACACGGUCGAUUACAAAAUUCUGCUUAAAAAACUCAAGUUUUACGGAAUUAAUGGCAAAUUAAUAAAAUGGUAUCAAAGUUACUUGGAAAAUAGAAAACAAUUUGUUUUCUAUGGAGAUUAUUUUCAAAAUGAAAAAUUAAUUGACAUAAAAUGUGGUGUUCCACAGGGUUCUAUUCUAGGCCCACUUUUGUUUUUAGUUUAUAUAAAUGAUUUAAAUAAAGCUUCUAACCUUAUGAGUAUAAAUUUUGCGGACAAUACUAAUUUAUUUCUAUCAAACAGUAGCAUUAAUGAGCUUUUUUCAAAUAUGAAUAAUGAACUCAAUCAGAUCUCCAACUGGUUUAAGUGCAACAAGUUAACUUUAAACAUUGACAAAACAAAGUGGAUCCUUUUCCACUCUCUUGCUAAAAGGCGUUUUUUACCAAAUAAAUUGCCUAAACUUUUUACUGAUAAAAUUGAAAUAAAAAAGGAGUCGGUCUCAAGAUUUUUAGGCAUUUACAUUGAGGAAAAUAUUACA